CUUUGAACAACCCAAAGUCCAUUUCCACCUCUACGUUUCUAUCAUUCGAGCUGAGGCUCGACAGCACCUACGACUAUGCUGUCGGCCUCACUCAUCGGUCCAGCUACUUCCAUUGGAUCUCUUCUGUACGCCAGAGAUCAAGGGCACGGAUCAUCGAAGAAAACACUGCAUAGACUCGUACAGGCAAUACCAACCCUAACCUCGGAUCGUGAUGUUGCUGAGUCUGAAGGCGAAGAGGAACUUGCUUGGUGGGGCCAUCGAGUAGUAUGGAGUCGUGGUGGAGAAUUUUAUCGGCAGUGGACCCUGGAGCAGGUCAGUGCAGAAGAUGAGAUUCUCUGGGCGGGAUUUGUCUGGUUUCCUCGACCAGAGACAGGUCGGGAUGCGGCCCCGAAUCGGCAGAAGGAUAUGGCGUUCUCUGACACGACAUUUGGACCAUUCCAUUCAUCUCAACAUGCCAUCUGGGGAUCUUCUGGCUCUUCUACUUCCUCUUCUUCUUCCUCUUCCUCCUGCUCAUCUUCAUCCUCGUCGUCUGGCCUGGUUCGGACCGUCACGAUUCUAUCAACAAACAUGGGUGUUGUGUAUUACCCUUCGGGAGAAGUCAAGACAUUUCAUCUCCCCAUGACCGUCUCCCAUGCCGUUGCACUGCCUCGAUCACAAGGCGGAGUGUUGCUGGAGAGGAUGUUGAGGAAGAGGAGGAGCACCUCAUGGACCGAGAGUCUGCCAGAUACCUUCGCAGCUAAGCGAGCGAGGCGAUCAAGUGGAGUCGGAAUGGUUUCUGCCCUCGCCGAUAUCACGGACAUAGAGGGUGUUGAAGACUUGCCUCGUUUAUACACCAUCCUCGAUCCACUAGAAGAAGCCAAAGUCGUUGUCGAAGCCCGUGUCAGGGAUGGCAAGAUUGUUGGUUCUGACGAGCCAAUCAACGAGAACGCAUCGGUGAUCUUCUCGUGCUCGGAUCCCUAUCCAUACCCCUUCGUCAUCAUUGUCGACGCUUCAUCCUCCGAAGUCGUCUUCUAUCAGCGGACAAUUGUUCCAAUUGAACCGACUCAAACUGCGCCUCCACCUUCCGCCGCUAUGACACCUAGAACGAUGCGACCGGAAGAUAUCCUCAAACAGGGUACUCCUUCUGUCGAGCUCGGUAUAGGACGAAUGAGACCAAGUUUACAUCGAAACACAUCGGGGUUCUCGACCAAUGGGGACAGACACGUUUCCAGCUCGGGCGCACCAUCUGGAAGCGAGAUGUCUGUCGAUCCGUCCGACAGGACCAGACGCUCAUUCAGACUCUCCAAAGCUGCAGCUAUAGAUGGACUCCCCGUGUCAAGCACUGGAGACCUGCAAGCGGCUUUAGAAUCCCAAACUUUUCCCAGCCAGAAGCCUUCAAAUGUGACCACGAGAUCGAAGGGCAAAGCAAGGUCAAGAGAAUUUCAGGGUGGCUUGGACCGCUUGCCAUCAAGUACCGGUGCGAUUGGAGACUUGGGGAAUGUGAGACGGCAAAGUGGCGCUUCGAGUUUCAUGCGAGAAGAUCCCGAUGCUGGAAAAGGGGAUGCUGGAGCUUCCUUGCAUAUCAUUGGAGAGAGAGAGCUCAGAGACACUACCAUGUUGAUGGGUAUAGACAGAGAAGAUGAUGUUGUGCGGAGCGAGAUGGUACUGGAGAGAAUAUGGGCCUGGAAACCUCCAGAGAUUAUAGACCCUCGUACGACCCGCGUCUUCAUCACGGACAACAUUUGCUCCUCAACAACCAAUAUCAACAUCAUCACAAAGUCCACUCUCCAUGUCUUCCGGGCGGAUCAGCCAUCCUCAAAUUCCCGCUGGCAUGUCUUCCCUCUCAAAUCGCUCCCCUGCAGCAGUGCCAUACCAGUCCGAUCCACUCGAUCUAACGUAAUAGAUACUCUCAUGAUUGCAGAUGGAGGUUUGCGUAUUGUUACAUCUGACGGUCACGAUUUGCCCUUAGCCAUUCCCCCAAUAGCGAUCGAAAAGGACGAGCCGCCGACGAAACUCGUGCAGAGUCUCAGUAUGCAAUUGGAGGAGAAUGACUCGAUGGCAACGACGUCCCCAUCUACCGUCCCCGUUGGCUUGCGAAACCCUGUUCGAGGUCGGUUCACACUGGUCCUUGCGGAUGGAGAAGAGAUUCGCUUAUCAGUCGACUUUGUUUUGAAGAAUCGACUGGUUCGUCAGUGCCUUGAAUCGCUUGCUUGGGUUCUGGACGCUACGCAGGUCUUUGACCUCAAAUGUCGCGUACUGAUGGGAGCGCAAGCGCUGAGCGCCCAUCUGAGAGGAGACAGCUCAGAGCUCUGGCAUGUUUUCGAAGCGGCCGUCUUGGACUUUCUUGGAAGCCGACGUCCGAAGAGCAGCGGAUCAAGACGUCGAAUGUUCUUGGAAACCUCGUGCUCUUCUUCGGACCCCAUCAUCCGUCGUUUGGUAGCCAAGCUGGCGAAAAGCAGCGAUAAGCCAUUACAGCCCGAUCGAAUCGAUAAUGAAUCAUCUGUAAAUAUCCCCGGGAUAAUCAUCGCCCUCCAUCUCGUGGCGCAAGAACAACGCCUUAGGUCGGCAAAUCAUCGCGACUUCAGUCAAGUAGGGCAGUUUUUGAUCCGGCUUACCGCUGCGAUCGGACAAAGACAUUGGUGGGACUAUUGGAAACGCCUGGUACCAAAUGGCACUGCACACCUCCAAGACUCCAUCUCCCCACGCCCCUUUCCCAGCGUAUUUGAUUCUCCGCCGGACAUCCUUGCCUAUCUUUCGCGUCGGCUGACCACUCCACUCAAACCAUUUCCCUCGAUCCGCAACCUCACCACGACGCAUGCUACCGAAUUUGGCGUUGUGGAGCCAUGUGCUCUGUCAGCUCAGAUCAUUGCCAUAUACGAACGUCUCGGGCCCGAGCCAGAUGAGAUCAACGGAUCAGCCUUAUCUGCCGGUGCCCGUGCGACGGCUUGCAUCCAGUUCAUCGUUGAUCAGGUUUUGGAUCUCGACUGGGUUCUCAGCCUCACGCCCGGCGUAUCCUUACCUAUUCUGGAGAUGAUGCGGCUGUGUCAAGCUGCACCUGUCAAAGGCCUGUCAGCCAAAGUGUACAGUUUCAUCGGCCGAGCGGACCUGGCUGCUCAAGUUUCGCCGGACUGUGCCGGAAACAAUCCCGUACCAGAAGGUCCGGAGGAGAUCCCAACCAUUCGAGACAUCUACAAGAGUGUCAAUGAGAGUCUCAAAAUCCGGGGACAGAAGUCAUCAUUGCCCUACGCCCGCUUUGGAUCUGACCGUCGACUCCAAGAGGUCGAGAGGAUCAUGCAAACGACGCGUCUCCGAACCAUUGCAGUGCAGGAGCCAAAGAAUGCAAGGCAAGUGCUCGUGUCAACUUUAGCUGACCUAGUCAGCGACCAAGAGAUCGUCCAAUAUCACCAGGGCGUCGUCAACACAAUUGCCAAUCGUACACUGGCCGUGCCGGUUGGUCAAGGUAUCUUUGAGUAUGGGACUCGGACAGCGGUGAUCACAGAUGUCUGGGACAUUCCCUUGAUCGAGCUGUCAAUAAAGAUUCUUCCUGCCAAGACAACUCUUCGAGCACAGAUCAACGCUGAGAACGCAGAUUGGCCCUGCUUCCACAAUGGCGUAUCCGCCGCUCUAUCCAUCUCGCCCGACUGCCAAGGCGUGGAUUCAUCAUGGAUCGUUCUCAAUCGGCCUCAUAAUCUCAAUCCGGAACACGGUGGCUUCCUGCUUGGUCUAGGCUUAACUGGUCACCUCAGGUCGCUCAUGACUUACCACGCAUUCCCUCACCUAGAGCCAAGGCACGACUUUACCAGUGUGGGUCUCUUGCUAGGCCUCUCAGCUUCCUAUGCCGGGAGCGAAGAUCUACUCCUCACCAAGGUAUUAUCGUUGCACACACAUGCCUUGUUGCCAUUGGGGUCUAUGGAUCUCAACGCUUCUGGGAUCAUCCAGUCUUCCGCGCUCGUGGGUCUUGGGCUCGUCUACGCUGGACGCAAAAAUCUUCGCAUGGCCGAAGUUGCACUGUCCGAGAUCGGUCGUAGAGAUUUACCAGGGGUCGAGGGCUUUGGCGAGCAGCAAGAGGCUUAUUCGUUUUCCGCAAGCAUGGCAUUCGGUCUGAUCAUGCUCGGUCGUGGUGGACAAGCAUCAAGUGAAGUGGAUCGGCGCAUGUUGUCGCAACUUCAAGGAUGUAUCACUGGCGAUUCCCAGGCUUUAGAUGGUCGGAAAAGUGCUAUCGACACUACGUUGACGGCCCCAGGUGCCACGCUUGCCCUCGGUCUCAUGUAUCUCAAAACCGGUCGCCAGGAUGUUGCUGACGUGCUGGAGAUCCCCAACACUGCGUUUGCGCUCGAGCACGUUCGGCCGGACGCACUCUUGCUUCGCACAUUUGCUCGAGCAUUGAUCAUGUGGAACGAUAUUCAGCCCUCCUUGGCCUGGAUUGAGAGUCAACUACCAUCCUUCAUCAAGCAUAGGGAUCACAAAAAGACGUCUCAGCUGGAGCUUAACACUGAGCUUGCGUACCUCAAUAUUGUCUCAGGCGCUUGUCUGGCCAUUGGACUCAAAUACGCCGGCACAGCCACAGAACUGGCCCACAGCAACCUCAUGUUCUUCUUCAGUGUUCUUAGCAAGGCAGCUUCUGGUCAAUCCAUGACGUACGAGGGUAAUAUCAGAAGGACAGCGGCUAGGCAAGGUCUCAAUAUUGUCACUAUCGCCCUCAGUGUCGUCAUGUCAGGGACUGGAGAGCUCAACGUCCUCCGGAGAUUGCGUAUCUCACAUGGUCAGGAAGGAGCAGGGGUCACCUACGGUACCCAUAUGGCCAUGCACAUGGCGUGUGGCAUCCUCUUUCUUGGACGAGGUCAUUACACUUUGGGUAAUUCGAAUCUCGCCAUUGCUGCCAUGGCCAUUGCCUUUUUCCCUCGGUUCUCAGCCUCGCCAGGCGAUAACAAUUCAUACCCUCAGGCCUUUCGUCAUUUGUGGGCGCUUGCCGUGGAGCCUCGAUGUCUCGUUGCAAAGGACGUCAAUACGCGUGAGACGGUCUACCUACCAGUCAAGAUCCGAAUGGAUACUGGAUCCCGUGCACAGACGCAGAGCCUCAUCUCUCCGACUUUGAUCGCACCUUUGGACACUAUACGGUCUGUUGAGGUAGAUUCGCCUCGUUACUGGCCGAUCGUGUACGAUCUGCAAGAUCCGGUGAAUAAGGACUCAUUGAUCAAAACGAGGACCAUAAAGGUCAAACGUAAAGCUGGAUUUCUGGACUAUAAUUCUGAUUCAAAAGGCAAUCGAAGUAUUUUCGUCAAGGCUGGGUCGAUGACUGGAUUUGAUCUACAUUACGAUCUCAUUUCACCUGCUGCGCCACAUAUGAUUGAACCGGACGAGGUGCUAGCCUUGAUGAUUGCUCAUUCGGGAGAUCCCGUCUUGAUCACACUGGCGAAACACUUCUGUGGCGCGACACAGCUCGACGCAUUCGUGAGGGCUGUCUUACUCGAAUGCGUCAGUCUGGACAAGCCCAUAGUCCUGACAGUAUAUUUGGAACUAUUCAACAUGCUUACGAAUACUUCGCCCGAGGUGUUGAACCAGCUGGCCAUGAUCAAGUCAUUCUACGCAGUGCAGGAGAAGUUUUACGCGAUUUCGGCGGGUGACCGAAAGUUCUCGUUGAUACGAGCCAGCUUUAUCGCUACGCUUGAGCGACGUCUGACAAUUUCGGAAGUCGAGGGAUCCGAAGAGUAUUUCAGACAAGGUGUCUGGCCAGAAGACGGGACUGGUUUGGCAAGAUGGAUCACGACGCAUCGCGUACCGGAUUGGCCUCUGCUGGAAGAGCUCAAGACACGGGUCGGACGAGAGGACGGACCAGACGUGGCAUUCAGAGUAAGAGUAGUCGCAAAUAAUUACGCUUCAAGCAUCUCGGGUCAGUGGGAUAUAGUGCGCGUGUGUGGUCGAGGAUCGAGAUGGACCUCUGAGAGUCUCGCUCAGGCCGUGCAGCUUUGGUCCAGAUGA